CUCACAUCGAUCGAUAGAUUUUCCACUAUUGUAUGGAUACAAAUUAAGUGAUCUCUUUGUCUAUUCCCAAAAGAUUUUCAUUGCCCGGUAUUGUCAGAAGUUAACAGAAAAUGGAGUGAAAAGUCUGUGUAUGAAUAGCAAGAAUCUGAUUUAUGUUGAUCUGCAAGGCAACGAGAGGAUGACUGGAAAGUGUUUCAGUGAGCUGAACCCAGGCUGUCGGGUGGUAAACGUGAUGGCAGGCUGGAAGAUAACAAACAAGGCAAUCGACAUCUUGGCCUCGCGUUGUACAGACCUUGAGGUACUCAACUUCGGGUACUGUCGCCGAAUCCAGAUGAGACGCCUACCUGAUAUGUCUGUCGAUCGAUGGGUAGGACUUAACAAGCUGACCGAGAAAUGUCAGAAUCUUAAGAUACUUCAUGCGUGCGGAAGUUUAUCUGUUCCUCCUGACGACUUGAUGGAUCUGAAAAAUACUCAGCAUCUUCAAGUCCUAUGUCUACAAGGGCUUAAACAAUUGGAUGAUGUCCACCUCGAAGGCAUCGGCAAGUCCUGUCCAGCUCUGCAGGAACUGAACAUCUCUGGGACUAUGUCAAUGGGAUAUGCUGUAACAGGGAAAGGCUUAACGCAUCUAGCUCGGUUGCCUUGCCUUGCAAUCUUGAUACUCGGUGGACUCCUGAAACUGACCAAUGAUGGCCUGGAAUCUCUAGGAAAGCGGGGACUACUGAGGACUCUUCUCAUACGAAGUAAUACAAGGUGUGAUGAUGGGGUGUGCUACCAGACUUUUUAA